AUGUAGUUUUCUAUGCAUUUGCCGUCCACAAAUUUCUUGACUGUUAUUCGCUUCAAUAUUACCACACAUUGGUUUCAGUCACACUGAAUCCGUUGCUUGACUCAAGUUAGUGUAUCUCGCUGAUCUUUAAUGUGGAACACUGUGUGAGGUCGACGAUUUCACAAUGAGAACUAAUGAUCCAGCGCCAUCCAAACCGGUCAAUGACAAGGCCCCGGCGCAUGAUGCGGUUAAUCCCGUGAAUCACCACCAGUACCCAAGACCCAUGAUGGCCAAACCUCCAGGCUCCUUCCCCAUGUACGGCGGUCCUCCCCAAAUGUACCACCACUCCAGGUUCCAGACCCCUCACGGCGUACCCUGGGGUCAUAUUCAGGGACCUUGGGGCCGUUGGAGUGGUCAUCCCUGGGCUCAGCCGCCAUUUCCGUGGCCCCGACCAGUCAUGGCCCCACCUGCCGGCAGCAACCCCGAGGCUCAGCCCAAAGCCAAAGAGGUGUGGACCAAUGACCCUAAAGAUGAAGGAUUUUGGCGUUCCGUGGCCCAUACUUUUGUGGGCGGGGAUCAUCCUCGAGCCAUGCCUCAAACAGUGACCACUUCGACUCAAUCUCAAGCGUCUGAGGUGGUUCUGAUGAGGCGAGGAGCAUAUGCCAUUCCCAGCGGUAUCACUCCCAACGGAUCCAUGAUUCAUGCUCCUGAUGGAACAAUCUUGAGGAUGAUGCCCAAUUCCAACACGGUAGUGGUUCAGGGACGACAUCAAAGUGUUCAAACCGAGCUCAAUAUUCCUCCGGACAGCCGGUGCAUUCUUAUCCCUGAAACAACCGAAAAAAUGCCAAUGUACAUGACAUGGGAAGACAAUGAGCACGAGGAGGAGCAAGAAAUGAUCUUGUCAACGAAUGCAUCCGAAGGAAACGAAUCGACGGAUAGUGAUCUAGACACGCCUCAAUCGUCGAAAAAGCUCGCUCUGUCCCCUUCGGAAAUUGUAAAGGCUACUCUUCCUCAAGCCAAGAGUGUCAAAGUUGUGCUGGACAACCAACGACCUAAAGAUCAAAAAACUCCAAUCAAUGGAAUCUCGAUUUUGAAACAUCCUAUCACGACAUCAAUCGCGAACAAGGAUGAUGAUUUUAAGGUCACAAUCAAAGCCAUAAAAAUUGAUCACGUGGCGUGCAGUGCGGCAAAAAAGGUUCCAGAAGGCAAACCCACGGGUGUCACGGAACAAGGGAUCCCUAUCAUUGAUCAGAAUCUCAAUAUUCAAUCAAACCCAAUCAAAGUAAUCAAAGUGGCUUCCGAUGAGGGCUCAAAUCCACAAGAAUAAUGAUUCCAUCUAUCAACUAUGUAAGAUGUAAGUGCUAAUUGUUGUUGGAAAGGAAGCACUGUUGGAUUGGUAAAGUUGGUUUUUUGUCGA